CCGGAGCCCAUGCGCGCCUGGAGGUGGCGGGGACUCAAGCUAAGCAACAGUAUUAAAUCUCAGAGAAGACUUGGGACUUUGGGACUAUCGUGAAGAGCCAAUUCAAGCCAUCAAGGUGUCCUGGGAACAGGAAAACCAAUUUCUUCACUCUGCUGUCCCAAAUCUUCCUGUCUUUGGGUUCUCCAUGUGGUGACAGGAAGCUUCUAACAGGCGCUCGAAGAAGUCCUGUACCUCCUGAGAGUGCAUUUGAAACGAGAGCUCAUGAAGUGAAUUGAUAAAAGCUAAAUUAACAUAUAAGGAUAUGAAGCAGAAUGUAUUUACACCAAAGUGACUGUUGGUGAAGUAAACUGCUAGAGUCAACAACAACCACAAGAAACGUUCUUGAAGAAGAAUUUCUACAAGGAACUUUGUCUAAAGUAACACUGAGGUUAAGGUGUUUGCCUACAAAGCCAAAGGACACAGGUUCGAUUCCCCAGGACCCACAUAAGCCAGAUGCAGAAGGGGUCAGUUCAGCACAGCCCAACCGGAAGAGACUGUAACUGCCAAGUGAUGACGGCUGAGCAAUGACCAGAAGCCCUUCGGGUCAGUGAUCCUGCUUCCUUCCUACGGGACAAAAGCUGGAGGAGGACCACUGAGCUCAGGAUUGUUGGCCAAGAUGCCAGACAUCAAAAUCUUCAGUGGCAGCUCACAAAAGAAUUUAUCCCAGAAGAUCACUGAGCGCCUGGGCCUGGAGGGGGCCAAGGUGGUGAGGAAGAAAUUCAGCCACCAGGAGACCUGCGUGGAAAUGGGCGAGAGCGUGCGCGGAGAGAACGUGUACGUUGGGCUGGAGGGAUGGCUUAGCCGCUAAAACUUGCCUGCGAAGCCUAUGGAUCAAGGUUCGAUUCUCCAGGUCCCACGUAAAGCAGAUAGAUGCACAAGGUGGCGUGUGCAUCUGGCGUCCCUUUGCAGUGGCUACAUCGUCACCGUGGACCUCCACGCUGCGCAGAUCCAGGGCUUCUUGGCCAUCCCCGUAGACAGCCUGUGCGCCGUCCUCACGUGGGUCCGCGAGAACAUGGGGUGGGGGCAGACUUGCACCGUAGAUUCUCCUGAUACAUGUGGAGCCAAGAGAGUGACCUCCUUCGCACACCAUUUGAAUGUGGAUUUUGCUUUGAUUCACAAAGAACGCAAGAGGUCCAACGAGGUGGGCCACGUGGGGCUGGUAGGAGACGUGAAGGAUCUUGUGGCCAUCCUGGUGGACAACGUGGCUGACACCUGUGGCACCAUCUGCCAAGCUGCUAACAAACUGCUGUCAGCUGGGUCCACUAGCGUUUAUACCGUCUUGACUCACGGAAUCUUUCCUGGACUGGCUAUUGCUCGCAUCAGCAGCGCAUGCUUCGAGGCAGUGGCAGGCCCAAACACCAUGCCCCAGGAGGAUAAGAUGAAUCACUGCUCCAAAAUACAGUUGAUUGCCAUCUCCAUGAUUCUUGCAGAAGCCAUCCGGAGAACUCAAAAUGGGGAGUCCUAUUCUUGCCUGUUCAGCCACGUUCCUUUGUAG